AUCGUGACAAAAAACCAGUCGGUUGUUGUUCGUUGUUGUGUUCAGACUCGGUUGUCGUCUUGCAUUUGAGUCGUUGGGGUUCAGCUAAUAAAUUGAAAGAAUAAAGAAGAACAUCAUCUGUCAAUAAGAAAGUGAAAAUUAGAAUUUUUUGGAAUUCUUGGCUUGCUAUUUUGUGUGAUAGAACCGAAGAAAUAGUGAAAGAACAUGUCUAAGCCACAAUCAGAUGCUGAUAGACGCAAGCAAAUAUCCGUACGCGGAAUUGCCGAGGUCGGAAAUGUCACCGAAGUGAAAAAGAAUUUCAAUCGCCACUUGCAUUACACCCUGGUCAAGGAUCGUAAUGUAGCCACUUUGAGGGAUUACUAUUUUGCCUUGGCCAAUACCGUUAAGGACAACAUGGUUGGCCGUUGGAUUCGUACACAACAGCACUACUAUGAAAAGGAUCCCAAGCGUGUCUACUACCUAUCCUUGGAAUACUACAUGGGUCGCUCUCUAACAAAUACCAUGAUCAAUUUGGGCGUUCAAAGCGAAUGCGAAGAGGCCAUGUACCAAUUGGGUUUGGACAUUGAAUCCCUCGAAGAAAUGGAAGAAGAUGCCGGUUUGGGUAAUGGUGGUUUGGGUCGCUUGGCUGCCUGUUUCCUUGAUUCCAUGGCCACACUCGGUUUGGCCGCCUACGGUUAUGGCAUCCGUUAUGAAUACGGUAUUUUCGCCCAAAAGAUAAAGAACGGCGAACAAGUUGAAGAACCCGAUGAUUGGUUGCGUUAUGGUAACCCAUGGGAAAAGGCCAGACCCGAAUUCAUGUUGCCCGUCAAGUUCUACGGUCGUGUCAUUGAUACACCCGAAGGCAAGAAAUGGGUUGACACACAAACUGUUUAUGCCAUGCCCUAUGAUAAUCCCAUUCCUGGUUAUGGCAACAACUAUGUCAACACAUUGAGAUUGUGGUCUGCCAAGUCGCCAAUUGAUUUCAAUUUGAAAUUCUUUAACGAUGGUGAUUACAUUCAAGCCGUGUUGGACCGUAAUUUGGCUGAGAACAUUUCACGUGUCUUGUAUCCCAACGACAACUUCUUCGAGGGCAAGGAAUUGCGUUUGAAACAAGAAUACUUCAUGGUAGCUGCCACAUUGCAGGAUAUCAUCAGACGUUACAAGGCCUCCAAAUUCGGCAGUCGCGAAGCUGUACGCACCAACUUCGAUCACUUCCCCGAAAAGGUUGCCAUUCAAUUGAACGACACCCAUCCCUCUUUGGCCAUUCCUGAGCUCAUGCGCAUCUUGCUUGACGAAGAGCAUUUGGAUUGGGAUAAGGCCUGGGAUAUCACUGUACGUACCUGUGCCUACACCAAUCACACCGUCCUUCCCGAAGCCUUGGAGCGCUGGCCCGUUUCCAUGUUGGAGUCCAUUUUGCCCCGUCACUUGCAAAUCAUCUACCACAUCAACUUCCUGCACUUGGAGAACAUUAAGAAACGCUACCCUGGCGAUUUGGAACGCAUGCGCCGCAUGUCUUUGGUUGAAGAAGAUGGUGAGAAACGCAUCAACAUGGCCCAUUUGUCCAUUGUGGGUUCACAUGCUGUGAACGGUGUGGCUGCCAUCCACUCCCAAAUUUUGAAGGACGACUUGUUCAAUUUGUUCUACCAAAUGGAACCCCACAAGUUCCAGAACAAGACCAACGGUAUUACCCCCCGUCGUUGGUUGUUGAUGUGCAAUCCCGGCUUGUCUGAUUUGAUCAGCGAAAAGAUUGGCAACGAAUGGCCCGUCCAUUUGGAUCAAUUGGUUGCCUUGAAGAAGUGGGCUAAGGAUCCCAACUUCCAACGUGAGGUUGCCCGUGUCAAGCAAGAAAACAAAUUGAAAUUGGCCCAAAUCUUGGAGAAAGACUAUGGCGUCAAAGUAAAUCCCGCCUCCAUGUUCGACAUCCAAGUCAAGCGUAUCCACGAAUACAAACGUCAAUUGUUGAACUGCUUGCACAUCAUUACUUUGUACAAUCGCAUCAAGAAGGACCCCACAGCCCAGUUCGCUCCUCGUACCAUUAUGAUUGGUGGCAAGGCUGCCCCUGGUUACUAUGUUGCCAAGCAGAUCAUCAAAUUGAUCUGUGCCGUUGGCAAUGUCGUCAACAACGAUCCUAUUGUUGGUGAUAAGCUCAAGGUUAUCUUCUUGGAGAACUACCGCGUCACCUUGGCCGAAAAGAUUAUGCCAGCCGCUGAUUUGUCUGAGCAAAUUUCCACCGCUGGUACUGAAGCCUCUGGUACCGGUAACAUGAAAUUCAUGUUGAACGGUGCCCUCACCAUUGGUACCCUGGACGGUGCUAAUGUUGAAAUGGCCGAAGAAAUGGGCAAUGAAAACAUCUUCAUCUUCGGUAUGACCGUUGAUCAAGUUGAGGCCCUCAAGAAGAAGGGUUACAAUGCCUACGAUUACUACAACAGCAAUCCUGAGAUCAAGCAGUGCGUUGAUCAAAUUGCUGGUGGCUUCUUCAGCCCUGGUAAUCCCAAUGAGUUCAAGAACAUUGCUGAUAUUUUGUUGAAAUACGAUCACUACUACCUAUUGGCUGAUUAUGAAGCUUACAUUAAGGCCCAGGAUAAGGUUUCUCAAACAUAUCAGAAUCAAGCCAAAUGGUUGGAGAUGUCCAUUCACAACAUUGCUUCCAGUGGUAAAUUCUCCUCGGAUCGUACCAUUGCCGAAUAUGCUCGUGAAAUCUGGGGCGUUGAACCCACCUGGCAAAAAUUGCCCAGUCCAGAAGACGGACCCGCCAACUAAAGUGUCUAUUUUCUUUCGAAAGAGAAAAAUACACAUUUUUUAAUUAUUAUAAAUAAUAACUAAUUAAUUUAAGU